UGGAGCUGGGGGAAGUGAACAGGACUGCACAAUAACUCAAGGCUGGAAAGUGUAGGGGGAAAAAAAUCUUAAAAGAACACGCCGUGAAACGGAAUUGGACUCAAAUUGAAAACUUGGACUUUAUAAGAACCACAGGCACCAUCCGGACCGGAAUAUUGCACAUUGAGGUGUUUGUGUGUGUGCUAUAAUCUGGUGGUGGAACUUGCUGAGGAUUUGUGCCGUGAAAAAUAACGUUACAGCAGCUAAUAGCGCCAGCAGCCGAAGAAGGAAACACUGACUCGGAAUAACGCUGAAAAACCCCAAUAGUUUUCACGACUCUUGGUGAUUUAUAGAGUCUCGGUUGAUGAAUUAUGUCUACCACCAGUAUUGAUCCUCAGGUAGGCCUUACUGUUAGACAUCAAAAGGACAAGAUUCUAAAGUGCAAAAUGGCUCACUCCACCAAAAGGAAACGGUCCAUGACAACGACUUUGAACCAUACCUCACUGGCCAGUCUAAUCCGAACAACAGCUAUCAAUCCAUGACUGACCCCUACUUAUCAAGCUACUACGCGCCUUCCAUUGGAUUCCCCUAUCCCCUCAGUGAGGCUCCCUGGUCAACUGGCGGUGACCCUCCGAUUCCUUAUCUUGCCCCCUAUGCCCCACUCAGCAAUGGAGACCACCAUUUCAUGCAUGACACUGUGUUUGGACAGCCAGGGGGAUUGGGUAGCAGCAUCUACCCCCACCGUUUUAAUUUUUUCCCAGAAAAUCCUGCCUUCUCAGCAUGGGGCACCAGCGGCUCUCAGGGCCAGCAGACUCAAAGCUCAGCCUAUGGGGGCAGCUACAGCUACCCACCCAGCUCUCUGGGUGGCACACUUGUGCCCGAUGGGCAGACAGGCUUCCACAGUGACACUUUGAACAAGGCACCAGGUAUGAACAGUCUGGAGCAGGGUAUGCUGGGACUGAAGAUCGGCGGUGAUGUUGUCACCGGCACUGGCUCAGCUGUCAAAACUGUGGGUUCGGUCAUUGGUGCCAGUGGUGCAGUAGCCACUGGUAAUGGUGGAACCCCAGUAGGCAUGCCAGCUCCUAAACCCACCUCAUGGGCAGCCAUUGCAAGUAAGCCAGCCAAAGCGCAGCAGUUGAAGGUCAAAAGUAAAGCUGGUAUGCCUGUGGCAGGAGGUGCGCCGCCGCCACCACCCAUCAAACACAACAUGGACAUUGGCACUUGGGACAACAAGGGGACGAAAGUGGCAUCGCCUUUGCCUCCUCAGCAGCAGCAACAGCAGCCACCUUCUCUCUCACAUGGUCACUUGCCCCCUCACCCUCAGCCACCCAUGCCCUCAGCCCAGUCUCUGGCACAGCAUAUGGCUCUGCAGGCUCCGCCACCUCCUGCUCCUCCUCAGCCCUACCAGAAUCAUACACCGGCUCCGCCCCCUCAGACGCGGUGGAUAGCACCACGUAACCGGAACCCAGGUUAUGGUGGAGGUGGCAGCAUGGAUACCACUGGUCCUUCCAGUGGUGGUGGCUUGGGCAACGGUGGAGGAGUGUUGGGCACUAGCUCUAGCUCCAGCAUGGGCUCAGGAGACCCACACCCAUUGCUGGAGAAGCUGCGUGCAUCGCAUAGCUACAACCCGAAGGACUUUGACUGGAACCUGAAGCAUGGCCGUGUUUUCAUCAUCAAGAGCUACUCAGAAGAUGACAUCCACCGUUCAAUCAAGUACUCCAUUUGGUGCAGCACAGAGCAUGGCAAUAAGAGGCUGGACGCAGCAUUCCGUGCCCUCAAUGGCCGGGGCCCUGUCUACCUGCUGUUUAGUGUAAAUGGCAGUGGGCAUUUCUGUGGUGUGGCUGAGAUGCGCUCACCAGUAGACUACGGCACUAGUGCCGGUGUCUGGGCACAGGACAAGUGGAAGGGCAAAUUUGACGUGGACUGGCUCUUUGUCAAGGAUGUGCCCAACAGCCAGCUGCGCCAUAUCCGCCUGGAGAACAAUGACAACAAACCUGUGACCAACUCGCGUGACACACAGGAGGUACCCCUGGAGAAGGCCAAGCAGGUGCUGAAAAUCAUUGCGACCUACAAGCACACCACAUCCAUUUUCGAUGAUUUCUCACACUAUGAGAAACGACAGGAAGAGGAAGAGGUGGUGAGAAAGCACACGUUGGACCGACCAAAACAAUGCAGUGGGAAAGUCCAAGGAGCUUCGUGCAGAUCUGAGAAAGAUGAUGGAUUUACACAACUCUGGAAUGUCUCUUGGAACCUUUUUCUAAACAACUGCAGAUUCCAAGAUCAUUAGUACAAGCAAGUUUAUGUAAGUAAAGGUUAUUGGGAGGUGUAGCAACUUGGCUGGAAGAAGACCCAAACUGUCACCCUCAGCUGAAAGGAAAUUGGAUUUUGUGAUCAGGAACCAUCAAGGCGCAGGCUUGUACUGAACUGGAAGCUGCUGGAACACACUACAGUUAAGCAAGUUUUACAUCAACAUGAACUGAGAGACUGUUGUCCAAGAAAGAAGCUCCUGCUCAAAACUUGACACCUUCAAUCUUGACUAAAUUUGCAGCUGACCAUAAGGUGAAAGGAAAAAGCCAUCUGGAGGAAACAUGAGUUGUUUGGCUACAAUGAACAGAGGUCCAGAGGAACACUGUACCAACUGUUAAGCAUGGUGGCGGUAGCAUCAUGCUCUGGGGCUGUUUUGCUGCCAGUGGAACUGGUGUAUUGCACAAAGUAGAUGGAAAGAUGAAAUAGGAGAGCUCCCUCAGAAUUCAGCAUAACCUCAAACCAUCAGAAAUGUGGGCACAGUUGUCUUCCUACAGGACAAUACUUCAUUAUACACAUCAAAGCUGGUUGUGGAAUGGAUGAAGCAGGCUAACAAGCUUGAAACAAGUCCUGACCUCAGCCCAGGCUUGUAGUACUCGAGUCCAGGACUCGAGUCUGACUCGUGCCUUAAUUUUAAGGAUUCAUGACUUGGACUCGGGCAUUAACUGCAUUUGGACUUGUAAAUUGGAGACGAGGACUUGGGUUUUUUUUCUUUUGUUUUUUGUAAGUCUAAAGUCCUUCCCGCACCAUAUGGCGCAUUAGAUCGUGCCGAUCUCCAUUUUUGUAGCCCUCGGCCUCUCACCUAUUACAUAACUAGGGUUACAGUGGGGGGGCUGGUCCUCUGGUAACCACGAGAGUUUGACUCCCCACUCACGUCUGCAUUGCAGCGUGCCUUGCUAGAUGGCAGUAGGUACCAUUUUUAUGAUGGUCUUUGGCAUGACCCAACUGCAAGUAGAACUCGUGAUCUCCUGAUCGAAAGCCGGACACGUUAACCAACUAGGCCAAUUCACGGUCUUUGUAACAUGCCAUAAUAAUUUGGCAUACGAUAUUUUAUAUUGACAAUUUUUUACUAAUUUUGUGCAAGUGUGUCAGACCUGUGCGCCUUGGCGUAUGCAUCAGAUGCGCUGUCUGGAGCUCGCCCGAGAGCCUGAGUCUGAGUCCUGGACUAGAGUACUACCAGCCUGAGUUGAGGUCAGGACUUGUUUUCAAGCUUGUUGGCACCAUAAACGACUCACACCUGCACAAGAUUAAGGUGCAAUCAGCGCGUCUAUAGAGGAUGUGCAGUCACGUGACCCGCACGUGUGUACUCCGCCCACUCUGGCAUAUUGGACGGCAUCAGGAUAGUUUACCUUGCGCGAGCGUAAUGGAUCCAGGGAGUAAUCCCCAAGAAAAUUCGGAAAAUAAUAUACCCCAUCUACAUCGCACGAUUACUUGUCUAAGUUUGUUCAGCAUUUUGAAGGUGACGUGAGGCAGCGUUACGUGGAAAAGUGUUCCAGGUUGGGGAUUGCAGAUCCGUACAACUUGCCGCAAUCCUUGUUCAGGGAAAUUCGGAGCUGCGGUGCCAGCGAUUUGCCCGAUCUGGCCUACCACGACAUUUACAAUUUUCUCGUUAAUCGUGAAUUGUGUUACACUGGCAAAGCCCUCAAAGCUUACAAGAGCCUGGAAGCUUAUAAAUAUUUUGUUGCGGGAUGGGUAUCUCAACUAUACCUCUGGAAGGUCCCGAAGAAGAAUGUCUACUUGAUAACCUCACGGGUAAGUGGCAUUAAGACGUUUAUCAUAAAGAGACUAUGCAGGACGUUUUAUCUUAAGAAUGUUCGAAAUCUAAACUCAGUUCUAGAUAAUGACAGGGU